AUUUUUUCAGUUUAAAAUGGAUGUUUUAUUAAAAAAAAUAAUUGAUAUUCUUCCACCGCCCGAUUUUAUUCAGUCAAUUUUGGGACAAAAUUCUGCCGAACCAACGCUAACCAACAAUUUUUAUAAGAUUGUCGAUGGUUUUGCAAAGGCGCAAAGUGAAACAGACGAAAAAUCGUUAAAUGAUACAUUUAUUAUGGUGGCAGCAAUCAAAGAUCAUUUUUGGGAAAUAAUCAACACUGGACACUUCAGCAAAGUAAGCCAAAUUCAUCGUAAAAUCUAUACAGUGGCAUCACUACAUAAGGCAGUACUAUUAUUGAUGAAAGGACAUCUCGAACUAAUCCAUCCGAAUGAAGCCCGCGAACAGUGUAUGUGGGAAUUGGACAAUGGCCUUCUUCUUGGAUGCCCCUUAGAUCAUUCAAUCUAUGGCGAUGUUUUGAAUGAUUGCUUGAACAUUAUUCAAAAUGACAGAAGUAGCAAAAUUCGAAAUACAGACCAAACAAAAUUAGACACAAAGUAUGAUUCGAGACCUUCGAAUGAUAUUGUUUGCGACAUAGAUAUUCUCGAACGGCCAUCGAUCCAGCAUUUCAAAGAGAAUUAUUUUAAUAGGAGUCAGCCGGUGAUAUUGAGAGAUUGUAUGAGUCAGUGGCCGGCGAUGUCAAAAUGGAAUACAAUCAAUUAUUUGCUUGAUGUUUGUCAAAAUCGUGUGAUACCCAUCGAAAUCGGGAAAAACUACACAAACGAGAAUUGGUCGCAAGAUCUGUGCAAAUUUGAAGAUUUUUUCCGUCGUCAAUUUUUGGACGAUGAAACAUGCGCCGGAUCAAAGCGAAUCGAAUAUUUGGCCCAGCAUAAUUUAUUCGAUCAAAUACCAACAUUGAAAAAUGACAUAUUCACUCCUGAAUACUGUUGCAUCACCAGUAGAACCAGCGAUAACGAUAUCGAUGUUGAUAUUAAAGCGUGGCUUGGACCUGAGGGAACUAUAUCUCCGAUGCACAUUGAUGAAAAACACAAUUUACUGUGCCAAGUCUUUGGAUCGAAACGUAUCAUCUUGGCUGCUCCAGAUGAUUCUGUCAAUUUGUACCCAUUCGACGGUGACAUGUUGAAGAAUACCUCACAAAUCGAUGCAGAACACUUAGACUAUGAUCGUUUUCCACUCGUUAGAAAUGUUAAAUUUUACUCACUCACCCUGUACGCCUCAGAGAUGCUUUAUCUACCACCAAAAUGGUGGCAUUUCGUUAAGAGUUUGUCAAAAAGUUUUUCUGUAAGUUUUUGGUGGGAAUAAAAUGCUCUGCACAAAAAAA